AGAGGGGGUUUGGCGCUUGACGCGGCGCGCACACAAGCCGAAAAAUGGCCGCUCGCUCGCGACACGAUCAACAUCGCCGCGCCGCAAAAUGACCGCCGCGUUCAGCAAGCGUUAUCACCGCCGCGUUGCCGUCCUCUGAUGCCCGGCCGCCGCCGCGGUGCCGGUGUCCUCGCAGCAGUGCCAGUGCCAACCCAGCCGCCGCCGCCUCCAUGGACCACAAGAAGUCGUCGCCGAUGCGCCGCACCAAGCGGCAGGCGAAGGCCGCCCUCGAGGACAACUUCUGGGACUGCAGCGUGUGCACGUACCGCAACAACGCCGAGGCGUUCAAGUGCCUCAUGUGCGACGUGCGAAAGGGCACGUCGACGCGAAAACCGCGCAUUAAUCCGCAGCUGGUGGCCCAGCAGGUCGCCAGCCAAUUCCUGCCGGCGGCGACGAGCACCCACCCCGCGCCGCCGGUCGGUAGACACCACCAUCAUCAUCCACGCGGGCUAGGCAAAGAUAAACGCGCGCUGAAGAAGCGUCGCCAUCCAGCGCGGCUCAAGAAUGUCGAUAGAAGCACGGCGCAGACGAGGGAGGUGACCGUCAACAGCGUCACCGUCGUCAUCACCGAGUACAAGCCCAAAGCAGCGAAGUCACAGGAUGCGGCCGCCAACACCAGCAGUUCUUCCUCGGAAUCGCAUAGUGAGUCUAGCAUGGACGCGCGGUGAGGCCCAUAACCUCAAAACGAUGACAACGCAACAAAUACGACUUCAACCGUUGCAACGGCAGAAAAACCAAUCGAGAACUCACCACGACUUUGUUUAACAACACAGCGUUGUUAUAGUUUGUUAGUUAGUGGUGUUUUUAGUUAGUUAAAGUGAAAAUUAUGUUGCGUUAACUGCGCAUGCGCCGCAGAGAAACAGAAGCAGUGAUAAAUUGAACUUGAAGGACUUGCUUUGCCAAAAAGAACUUAUUUAUUUGGUGUUGUGCACGAACAGUGACAGAAAACAUGGUUACCUAUAAUUUUGUACAUAGCGAACACAAUUCGACAAUGAAGAAACUGCAUGAGAUGAUGGAUUCAGGAAUAUUACUAUCCAAGGACUUUGUUUAUAUCAGCCGCCAUAACUGCCAUACUUUUAAACACAUAGGGUGUUUCCAUAUUUAAAAAAAAAAAUUAAUUUUAUUGAUUUUGUUUUGCAAUUUUGUUUACUUCAUGAAACAUCCUAUGUGUUUCUGUCAUAUUGGCGCUAUUUACACUACAAAUGUACACUGCCCAUAAUAUUUCACUUGUUAAAUUAAUUUUCGACUUAUACUUGGCAAAAUUAUAUACAUAAUUAUUUGUUUUCGAGGACUUGCAUUUGAUUUUGUUUUACUUGUACUUGAAUUCUUCAAAACAAGACUGAUAAGAUUACAAUGACGCACGUAAACACAAAACAAAACAAUACACAAAUUGAUAAUAGAGAGAGGGGGUGCAAAAAACGCGACACACGACCAGAGCAGCCGAAUUAAUUGCCAGUGCACACCGCGCGUAAUUGUCGCAUUAUUUUUUCGAGCGUUUUUAAUUAAUGGAAUCGACCGGCGAAAUUGGUUAUAAUUGAACGUCGCGAGUGGCGCGCCGUAAUUAACACGCUCGCGCACCGGGCGCGCAGCGUUUUUCCGAUUCGUGUUACACAUGCAUCUCUCCACAUGCGUGGAAAUUGUGAAAAGGGGAUGCAUUUGUGCACGCGCGCGGCAAUUUUCAGCUUUAUUUACUAACCUCAUCGAACGCGUGUUUGGGAUUGUUGUUCGGCUCGAAAUUGCCGUUUUUUGCGCGGCGCGCGCGCGUUUUUUUUUUUAUAAAUGUUUUGUUUGGUCUCUAAUUCGUUUACGAACGCCACACGCAGUGUGUCAGUGUGUGUAUGUGUGUUUGCUUAUCAAUUAACGAAGCGAUAAAAUUAUCUACAUCACGCAUUUCACACCGAAUCGGAAUGAGAAUGACGAUAAUGUAUUUCGAACAACAAAUGAAUCGUAAACUAAAGAAAUCUUAAUUUUUUUUCCUGCAGGGGGGAAAAAGUACAAAAACGAGGCCUACAUAUGUUAAUUAAUUCAUAACACACAUGCACACACAGUAAUUUCCCACAUCCUUAAAUGCGCAUUUUACGAGUGCACCUCGAAAACGAUAAACACAUCACAUGAAAUCAGUUUGUUUACAGCUUCGCAUUGAAAAUGCAUUUAUUGUAUGUAAAAUACUGUAUAAUUGUAAAUUACGUUGAGAUGAGAAACGAAAAAAGAAACUAUACUACGUAAAAAAAAAACACGAUAGAAGCUGUUCUAUUAUCGCUUACAAAAGUGUACGAUUAACACAUUGUAUUUAAAUCAAUGCGCUGCACGCAAAUUGAAAUCGAAAUGGAAAUGGAAAUUGAAAUUACCUAAUUGCUCAUUGUUGAUAUUGUAUAUUGAUAUGAAUGAAUAUUAUGACUAUUUAUGAUGAUGUGUCGACGGCGACGAGACGUGUAAAACUAUUAAAUGAAUUAUAAUAUACGGCGAUUUAUUUUAUUA